CGCGGGUUUUUAAGGCCGAACCCUAGGCAGGCUCUGCAGAGGCAGCGGUGGAGGCGCGCUGGGUGCCUGCAGGGGUCUCGCGGAGCGGCUGCGGUGUUUGACCAGGAAAGGCACGAGGAGAGCGCGGCUCACGAGAGAUAACCCAGCUGUGCUCCUUGGAACCUUAAAUUUCAAGGCCUCCCUGACUCUACUAGGCGCCUUAGUUCACUAUGGGGAACCACUUGACUGAGAUGGCGCCCACUGCCUCCUCCUUCUUGCCCCACUUCCAAGCCCUGCAUGUCGUGGUCAUUGGGCUGGACUCUGCUGGAAAGACCUCCCUCCUUUACCGCCUCAAGUUCAAGGAGUUUGUCCAGAGUGUCCCCACCAAAGGCUUCAACACCGAGAAGAUCCGGGUGCCCCUCGGGGGAUCGCGUGGCAUCACCUUCCAAGUGUGGGACGUCGGGGGGCAGGAGAAGCUGCGACCACUGUGGCGCUCUUACACCCGCCGGACAGACGGGCUGGUGUUUGUGGUGGACGCUGCGGAGGCCGAGCGGCUGGAGGAGGCCAAGGUGGAGUUGCACCGAAUCAGCCGGGCCUCAGACAACCAGGGCGUGCCAGUGCUGGUGCUGGCCAACAAGCAGGACCAGCCCGGGGCACUGAGCGCUGCUGAGGUGGAGAAGAGGCUGGCAGUCCGAGAGCUCGCAGCCGCCACUCUCACUCAUGUGCAAGGCUGCAGCGCUGUGGACGGUCUGGGUCUGCAGCAGGGCCUGGAGCGCCUCUAUGAGAUGAUUCUCAAGAGAAAGAAGGCAGCUCGGGGUGGCAAGAAGAGACGGUGACCCGAGCACCCCCUCCUUUUCCCCCCACCUGGUAGGGGUCUGCACACUUGGACAGCAGCGUGGGGCUAGCCUGUGACCUCUCAGUCAGACUAGGGUGCAGGACUUGUCCACCUCAGUGAAGGAGAGAGGAGAAUGGGGGGUCCUGUUUUGGCGCCACAUUGGGAUGGGGAUGGGAGAUGGCAUGUCUGUGCACAUCUCUCUCUCAUCCUCUCUGGAGAAGUGGGCGCUGCAGGACCGUGGAGACGUAAAUGUAAACUGUGACUCUACCUCGACCCUGUUUCUUGUUUUUCUUCUCUGGCUUUUUAAUUGGAUGCGUUUUGGGUAGGGGGGAUGGAAAGUGGCUUGGAGAAUGUGUUUGGGAUGAAAGAACUAUCUCCCCAUCCUCUGUCCCCCAACUGGGGAGUCUCCCCAAGCUGCUUUUCUAGGGAUACCAGUCACAUAAUUUUUAUUUUUGUGUUUGUGAAAGUGCCAAGAACCCCUCCCCACAUUUGUAGAUCCAUGACCCUUUUUAUAAGCCGUGUAUGUCCUAUGUAUUAUUGUUAUUAACUGUUUUUUAGUAUUUGCCUGUAAGUUAUUAAAGACUGAUAACUGUAGCUCUUACCUUGGUCUGGGGCAUUCUCCUCUCCUUAUCUUGUCCCAGAGACAAUUCAAGAUUUCUAUUUGGGGUUGUGGUGCCGGGGGAGGGAGAUUUAUCUUGAAGCUGAAUUUGCAAAGCAAGCACUUAAAAAAAUUAGAUUGUGUGUUAAGGGAUGGCUCGUGAAAAUUAUAGGGGGGAGUUGAAAACCCCUCAAGCUA